AUGAGACACUUGCUUAUCUUGACCGCGUGGAUCACAUUAUUCCUUACCUUUGCCCAAUGCUGCAGAACAGACGAAGACUGUAGCCUGAAUGGCAUCUGCAUAAAACGCCACCAAACCUGUCGAUGCGAUGCCGGAUGGAUUGGUAACGAUUGUGGCCGUCUCGACCUUGCCCCUGUCACCCGAUACACAGGCUAUAAUCACACAUACGAGGCGCCGGGGCCGAAUGACUUCGGCAUCUGGCCCAAUGCAUCUUGGGGAGGCCGCAUCGUCCAGGACCCCAACGAUAAGCGAGUGUUCCAUCUCUUCACCGUUCAAUUCUCCCAUGGAUGUGGUUUGAAGGGCUGGCGUCCUCACUCCUAUAUCAUCCGAGCUGAAUCACAUACUGGACCUCAAGGGCCGUACCACUAUGCCGAUGCUGUGUCCAAGAACUUUGCCCACAAUCCUGAUAUCGUGUACAGUCCUGCCGAUAAGAAAUAUCUUUUGUAUAGUAUCGGUGUUGAGUAUGAUAAGCUAUUCACUAAAUGCGAGAGCAUUAGCUACACGCGAUGGCCCAACAACAUUUCUGUUUCGACCGCCGAUGAUAUUCGUGGCCCUUGGUCGCCUUUCAAAAUGGUCGUCGAUAGUGAUCGCCCUGCUGGUAUACACGCAACGAACCCAUCGGCAUUUCCUCUCUGGACUCGCAGAAAUUCCACUCGCGAGAUCGUGCUUGGGAUAAAAGACUACUCAAUCUUCACUGCUAAGUCCUGGAAGAGCAAGUAUGAGCUCAAGUACCAGGCAACCUGGAACGUCACAGAGCAACAAAACCCCGAAUGGACGGAAGACCCAUUCAUUUGGCGCGACAAACGCGGCCAUUGGCAUUCAAUCAACCACUGGAUGAUAGACUACGUUGAGAAUGACAAACAGCAAUGGCCUCGCGUUGGCUCACACCUCUUCUCAAGGAAGCUCACUGGGCCAUGGCACUUUAAGCUUCAGGAGGCGUUCAGCUCCAAUGUUACCUUCACAGAUGGAUCGUGGCAGGUUUUCAAGCGAAGAGAGAGGCCCAAGUUGUUCUUCAGUGAUGAUGGGCAAAUGACACCGCUUUAUAUGACUAAUGGGGUCCAAGAGAUGAACCAGACUGGUGCUUCGUUUACACUUGUGCAGCCAAUUGGUACAAAAUGGAAGGAGUUUGAGAAGAGCCUAGGUUUCGAAGCUCCCUAG